UUGUGAAAGGCUUUCUGCCUCGCAACCACAAUCUCCAAAUAACUUCCGACCAACAAACAGGCUUUCGCAUCUUCCACCCAAGAUGGAUUGUAAGCUGAAAUCAAUUCACCUUUCGCUCCCUGCUUCGGCAACAGAGUGCCGGUCCGAUGAGCUCCACGCAUCUCCCAUUCCCGCACAGGUCGGCCCACGGAAGUUCUAUCUGGACGAAGUCAAGAAAGGAAACCUCAUAGUCCCACCGCCGCUGAUCUCGUGCUCUGAAUUCGUGCCAAGAAAGCUUGUAGAGCUCCUCAUGCGAAAGAAGAAGGACAGCGCACUCGGCAUCAAAUUCGUCGCGAAUCGGAACGACGAGAUCACAGACAUGGAAGGUGCAAUGCACACAUUCGUUACGCCUGUAAUUGGUAGAUGCGAAAUGGUCGGGGAUUACAGAUUCAACAGGGGCCAUGGCGUUACCGUGUUUGGUGAUGUUGACAGCAAGGAUGGGAAAAGUAACGUCAGGUUGACCAGAUCGGUUGUUUUGAGUGCGAGCAUUCAGAUGGAUUUUGAGGGCCAUAGGGUCUUGCUGAGGGUCUGCAGGCUAGAUGGUAAAAGGGUUGUUGGCGUCGAUAGGGGCUCGGACGAUUGGCCGAUCAUCAGUAGGGAAGAUAAGCAGAACGAUGGUUUGAGGAACACGUAUGAUGAGUUCUUGAGGAAUUACAUGGUAUUUCAUUUGAUGAGUGAGAAGUCACUCCCAGGGAGGAAAGAAGUGAAAGAAUACAUGGACACUGAAGCCACUGUUGGGUUUUUGGAUAGCGUCAUCCUGGGAUCUGGAGAUGCAAAGGAGGAGAUGGUUGACAAGUUCAGUGAGCUCUACAACCACGACAUCGUGUCUCUUGAACUACUGUUCAAUGUGGCUUUACACCAAGUACGAAACGAAUUCUCUGCGCUUGAAGCUUUAUGUCCUCAAGGCUACGUCUAUACCUACGAUCCGGCUUCAAUAUUUGCGAGUCAGAUCGGAGCUGAGAUCCUGAACCGGCUAAUGCUUGCUGCGGUGAAGUACUUGUCGGGAAAGAACCAGUUCCAGAAUAUGAGGAUAGUCGGACUCAACGAUUAUGCCGAUCGUGGCAUCAUCCGCCUGGCUAAAGUAGCCCUGGAAAAGCAGACGAAGGUUCGAGUCGUCAGCAAGACAGCACUUUUUAGCAGAGUUGAUGGAAAGUACGACACUGGAGAUUUUCCUGAAGCCCAAGGGUCCGCAUUGGUAAUCCACAAUAAUAGUGAUGGGUUUGGACAGAACAUCGAAACCGAAGGCCCCUUUGGGAGUCUUGAUGGCGCCAUUGGGUCCAAAUGCAGUGCAGCAGGAAGUUUGGAGAGAAAUCGCCCCGAUUUGUUGGACUUUGUAUUCUAGAGUGAGAAAGUCUUUUCGAAUCAUUGUCUCAGCGUCAAGCAUAUACAAGCAGCUACUAAGUUGUCCCCAGAAGAAGUUCGCAUUAGUAUAAAGAGACGACGUAUAAUUCCCUAAUAAACAUAUGAGCGUGGAAAGCCUUAGGAUUUCUUGGCUUUCUUGAC